CCGGCCGGGUUGAGGCAGCGGCGGUAGCCGAGGAGGACUACUAGUAAGGAUCGGGGGCUGGUUUCCCGGCCCGCGUCGGGCCAUGGGGAAAGAGCAAGAGCUGCUAGAGGCCGCCCGCACUGGGAACCUGCCCGCCGUGGAGAAGCUGCUUUCGGGCAAGCGGCUUAGCUCGGGCUUCGGUUCGGGGGGCGGCUCGGCGUCUUCGGGGGGCGGCGGCGGCGGCGGCGGCGGCGGGGGGCACCCGCUCUCUAGCCUUCUCAGUAUCUGGAGAGGACCAAAUGUGAACUGUGUUGACAGUACUGGAUACACUCCAUUGCAUCAUGCUGCUUUGAAUGGGCACAAGGAUGUUGUGGAAGUUCUGUUGAGAAAUGAUGCAUUAACGAAUGUGGCUGACUGCAAAGGCUGUUAUCCUCUCCAUUUGGCAGCUUGGAAGGGAGAUGCUGAAAUAGUGAAACUGCUAAUACACCAGGGACCCUCCCACACUAAAGUAAAUGAGCAGAAUGCUCUUGAGAUCAAAGAACUCAAAAAGUACGGCCCCUUUGACCCUUAUAUCAAUGCCAAGAAUAACGACAACGAGACAGCAUUGCACUGUGCAGCUCAGUAUGGCCAUACUGAAGUGGUGAAGGUUCUUCUGGAGGAGUUGACUGAUCCUACUAUGCGCAAUAACAAAUUUGAGACUCCUCUUGAUUUAGCUGCUCUCUAUGGGAGACUAGAGGUUGUGAAGAUGUUGCUUAAUGCUCAUCCCAAUCUAUUAAGUUGCAAUACUAAGAAACACACUCCCUUACAUCUCGCAGCUAGAAAUGGCCAUAAAGCUGUUGUUCAUGUACUGCUGGAGGCUGGCAUGGAUAACAACUACCAGACAGAAAAAGGCAGUGCUUUACAUGAAGCUGCUUUGUUUGGCAAAACAGAUGUGGUACAGAUAUUGCUAGCUGCAGGCAUUGAUGUGAAUAUAAAGGAUAACAGAGGCUUGACUGCUUUGGAGAUUGUCAGAGAACUUCCUUCUCAAAAAAGCCAACAAAUAGCAGCUUUCAUUGAAGACUGUACAACAAGAAAGAAUCUUGUAAUAGCAGAAGAGAAGACAUCACCGCCUUUAACUGCUUCUAGUGAAACGUCAGUUCGGAUACCUCAAGGGAAUGUGGAGAAAGCAGUGACAGACUUGAUAACAGAUGUUGAUGGCAAGCCAGAAGAGUGUCCAUAUGAAGUACUGUACAAUGCAACCUCCUGUCAUUCUUUGGACAGCCUUGCCAGUGGAAGAUCCUCAGACAGAGAUUCAGUGAACAGGGAAGCCGAGAUGACUGGUAUUAAAGUGACAGCAGUGAGACCUAGAGAGCGUCCACCACCUCCUGCAAAACCACCCCCUGAUGAAGAAGAGGAACAUGAAGAUAAAAAACAUGAUACAUCCUCAGUGGGUUUGGUCACCAAGAGAAAAAGUAGAGAGAGCACAGCUGAUGAAGAAGAACAUCCUUAUGAACUCUUGCUAACAGCAGAAACAAAGAAACAUGUUACAGUAGAUAAAAAAACAAAAGGUGAAUCAUCUUUAGGUGCUACCUGCAGUGUCCAGCCACAGGUAUGGUCACGAAAAGGUCUAUCUUCUCAGGAUGGUCAGUGGCCACUAAAUUGCCAAGCUUCUUGUGAUUUUUCUUCUGGCCAUUCUGAACAAUAUCCAAGUCCUGAAUCUCAGUUGGUUGAGAUGCCAAAAGACCAAAAAAGUUUCAACAGAAGCCACAGCCAAGCAGAUGUCCAAGAUGCCCAGGUACUGGAUCAAUUCUCAGGUCUUCUGCAUGGUUCUUCUCCGGUGUGUGACAUAAGUGAGGACCCUUUGAGACUCAUUUCUGCUGUGGGCAAAGGAAGUACAGAGGGAACUGCUAUGCAGCUGGAAAAUGUUGAGGCUUCUGGAUCGGUACAAUCUAGUCCUGUAGACCAAAAUAAAGUGGUCUAUUCAGCCAUACGCCAUAUCCGUGACAAGUUGGAUUCUGGAACUUUGGCGCAUCCUCAUUUGCCACAGCACCCCGGUAGUGCUGAGGAUGGAGACAAGAGCAGUGUUGUAGGAAGAGUUCAUCCAGGAAGCAAGUCCAAAGCAGACCUCAAACUUAGCCGUAGCUUAUCAAAAUCGGAUUCUGACCUUUUGACCACCUCACCAACAGAGGACGAUACUAUGGGGAGCAGAAGUGAAUCCCUUUCCAAUUGUAGCACUGGGAAAAAAAGGCUGGAGAAAUCACCUUCCUUUGCUUCCGAGUGGGAUGAGAUCGAGAAAAUAAUGAGUUCCAUUGGCGAAGGCAUUGACUUUUCACAGGAGCAACAAAGAAUGUCAGGUUCACGGAUGCUGGAGCAGAGUGUUGGGGAGUGGCUGGAGUCCAUCGGUUUACAGCAGUAUGAAAGUAAACUGCUUCUCAAUGGCUUCGAUGAUGUCUGCUUCCUGGGAUGUAAUGUUAUGGAAGAUCAGGAUCUUCGGGAAAUUGGUAUUAGUGAUCCACAACAUCGCAGAAAACUUCUCCAAGCAGCACGUUCCCUUCCUAAGGUGAAAUCUCUAGGCUAUGAUGGUACUCAACCUUCAGUUCCUGCGUGGCUUGAUUCCUUGGGGCUUCAAGAUUACAUUCAGUCAUUUCUGUCAAGUGGCUAUAGUUCUAUAGACUCAGUGAAAAACCUCUGGGAGCUAGAAUUAGUAAACGUACUCAAAGUGAAUCUUCUUGGCCACCGUAAACGUAUUAUAGCCUCUCUGGCAGACAGACCAUAUGAGGAACCCCCACAGAAACCACCAAGGUUCUCUCAGUUAAGAUGCCAGGAUUUGAUAUCCCAGACGUCUUCACCUCUGAGCCAGAGUGACUCCUGCACAGGGAGGUCUGCAGACCUCCUGCUGCCUUUGGAAGAUGCUGGGAAGAAGAGACAUGAGAACAUCCAUGAUAUUGCAUCUUAUCCAAGAACAGAGAAGUUUAGGACACAGGAGGAACAUCGUGAAUCGAAGCUUACACUCAGACCUCCUAGUCUGGCAACUCCCUAUGCUCCUGUACAGCACUGGCAGCAUCAGCCAGAGAAGCUUAUAUUUGAGUCCUGUGAGUAUGAAGCCAAUUAUCUAGGGUCCAUGUUAAUCAAAGAUCUUCGAGGAACAGAAUCUACACAGGAUGCCUGUGCAAAAAUGAGGAAAUCAACUGAGCAUAUGAAGAAAACCCCAACAAUAAUAUUAUCUAUUACUUAUAAAGGAGUGAAGUUCAUAGAUGCUGCUAACAAGAAUGUAAUUGCUGAACAUGAAAUUCGGAAUAUCUCUUGUGCUGCCCAAGACCCCGAGGAUCUCUGUACAUUUGCCUACAUCACUAAGGAUUUGCAGACUAGUCACCACUACUGUCAUGUCUUCAGUACCAUUGAUGUAAAUCUAACAUAUGAAAUCAUUUUGACAUUGGGGCAAGCAUUUGAAGUAGCCUACCAGUUGGCCCUUCAAGCUCAAAAAUCAAAAUCUCCAGCUGUUUUGACUGCAGAAAUGAUAGAAACAAAAUCUUCAAAACCAGUGCCUAAACCUCGAAUCAGCGUGAGAAAGUCAGCACUGGAGCAAUCUGAAGAGGACCAAGACUCCCAGUCCCAUGCUGGUGUAUCCUGGGUAGUUGAACCCAAGCAGGAUUCCAAGAGGACCCUCAGCACUAAGUAUGAGACUACUAUCUUCUGAAAACAAAUCUACAUCCAACCAGUCUAACUGUGCCUUUGCAGUCUGAUCUGCCUGCUGUUCUAAACCUUCCUUUUCCCCCAUUGCUGGCACUAGGCAUGGUGUCACCAGAGGCAGAAGCAUAGGAUUAUCAGACUAAACAGCUUUUUGUAUCUGCUUUCUACUGAACACUGUGAAUUCUCCUAAAGGAAACAAGGGUAACACACUGAGAGAGUCAGCUGUUUUUAGAUGUCUUGAGAGAUGGGAGAAAUGAAGCCUGUGGGAGUUCAGUAUAUGGAUUUGGGGAAAUCAACUGGUGUUUUUGAUUUUCUCUUCAUGUUGACACUGUGAAUAUGGAGUGGAUUAACACUCCAUAGGGCUUUUCUGUUUAGCAUUCUUGUUACUGGAUGGUUCUACAACUUUGUUCUCUUGUGUACCUACUGUUGUAAUCUAGAUUUAUAUCUCCAUACUAAGACAUGGCCACAACUGUUCCUUGUAGCAUUCUUUUACUUGUUAUCUCAAAACACACUAAUUACUGCGAUAUUGUUUGCAAACCUCUUGCUCACCUGACUUCUGGCAUGAAUCCUGUUCACACUCUUUACUGUUUCUGGAUACCGGAAUGUAUGGUAUAAACUAGGAACCAUGAUUUCCCCUAUUAAGCACUUUCAUUUUUCCUAGGAGUCAGAUUUGAUAUAAAUAAUGUUAAACAGGAAUGUUUUCAGCUCUCCAAGUAUUUCUGAUCAGUCUGUGUAGGAUUUACUGUUAGAGCUUUCUGUUCAUGUUAGGCAAUCCACUUACAAUUAACUGAUCAAUCACAUUUCCUGAACUUUAAUUAGAGUGCAUCUUGCAAAGAUACACACUAGUUGCUGAAAAUAAGGAUCAGAAGCUGAUAAAGUAUAAAAUCAAGGCAAGUGGUAGGAAAAACGGAUGGUAUACUUAUGUUGUAUUAAACAAGGUUAACAAUUAGAAGAUUUCCAGAUUUUAUACAGAAUAUUCCUAAAUGUGCAGCAUCCCAGGCACAUUGGAGUUUUCAAAAUAUUUAUAAUUCAUCUUUCUCCAGGCAGGCCAGUAAAUAGUAUUUGACUUUUUAGGUCUUUUAAAUACAAAUUUUAUUUAGUUCUUUUAAACAAAAGAAUGCAAAGGUAGAUUGAAUUUAAAUUACUGGCUUUUCACUGAAUACUUUCCUUCAAAGCAGCAAGCUUUGCUAUUAUUGUGGAAUUAAAUAGCCACUACUAUUUUGGGCAGCAAUUCCAAAUAUUCAGUUUAUUUUGUGAGAUGGACUCUAAGAUCAUCUCUGUUCAGAUGAUGUCUGACAUUUGCCUACUGUCCUUCAAGUAAUUUGUUUUUACUAAACACAAGUUUCCCAGUGAUAAUCCAUACACUUCAGAUUAUUCAGAGACUGUAGAGUUACUGCGACUGAAUGACCUUAUGUAAAUUACCAUACAUUUCUCACAUCUGGGGUUUAGUCACUGACAAAAGUAUAAACUUCCCUUGGUUGCAUUUUUAAUGUAUAAAAUCAUUCAAUCCCUAGCUUUCUUUUCAUUAAUAUUGUCCCCAUUUUGUUUGCCUUCUGCCAAGCUGAACUACAGACAUCCACGUUUCUCCAUGGAAAUAUAGUAAAUGAGCAGAGCUCUAAGAAGCAGUGAAAUCCUGGAGGUACGAAGAUCAACACCUGGCUCUGGGUUGUGUCCUUGGCUGCUCAUUAAGGACUUCCAGAGUUGAGUGAAAAGAGUUCCAAGCCACAAGCUGAUAAAAGCAAUAUGCAUUUUUAGCAAAAGAACUGAAAUUUCUGCAGUUAAAAGACUGAUGCCAUGAAUUUUAGUUUGAAAUGUUUUUGUUUCCUUUAUAUUGUAAAAUCCUCAAUUUCAGCAUAGCAUUGAUGGAAGUGAACAACAGUAAUUGCUAAAACAAAACAUGAAUAUGCCUGUCUUAUUAUAUAGCUUACAAUAUCUGAAUAUUAAAUCAUAUAUGUCAUACUUGGCUUGGAAUAGUAAUAGGUGAAUUCCCAACUUGAUACAAUAUUAAAUUAAUUUUGAGGUAGUAGCACCUAGGCUGAUAAUUGUUCAUUCUUAAUAGUUACAGUAAUAAUUUAAAAGAGUAUCUAACUUAAAAGAAUCAGAGAAAUUUAAAUUCUUGACAGUUCUUGAACUAACUAGAAGCCUGGUAUAAGUAAGCCUACUUAUCACUGCAAUACAGCUGUUUUGUGAAAGUAUUUUUCUCUCCACACAAUUUAUAACUGGACUGUGAUUUCUUGCAUCUCAAUCAAGUAAUCUAUUUUUUAAAAUGUGAUUUGAUUGUACUCUGUGGUUUGAGAUUUUUUAGAUUAUUCACUGAUUAGCACUUUUUAUACUAGUUGAUAAUUUAAGAAUGCUCAUUUAAGUUCAUAAUUUAAGUAUCUUAUAUAACAUUACACAGUAUAAAAAAGUGGAGAUCAUGGGCAUUAUGCUAAAACAAUUUAUUUCCUUAAUUCCACUUAAUUCAACAAUGACUGCUUCAGAUGGAAGCUAAAUGAGUAUCUUAAGCAUUCACAAUCUUGAACACUGGCUUCAGUUCUGACUGUGAUAAAUAAGUAUCUCUAUCUUAUCCAAGAAAAAGAUGAGGAAGUGCAAAUAAUGCUUUGGUGGGUAUGAUAGUUUGAUAUACCCUGUCAUUGUAUUAAUGAUUUUCUUCAAUUUUUGUUUGUAUCAUUAAGAUGUAAUUUAGUCUUACUUUAUUUGGUAAAAAAAAUAGGAGGAAAAAGUAUCCUUAUCCCAAAUAGUUGGAUUUGGGAAUAAUUCAGAUGAAUUUCUUGAAACACAACAUUCCUUUAUAUGCAUAUGUAAAUGAUAUGCUGGUGUUGGUAUAAAUAUUACUGUACCAGUAAGUCUGUUCUUAAAGAAUGCAAAUUGCAUUUUUGCUAAGGAGGAUAGGAUAAUUAGCCUUAGAACAUAUUGACAAAGAUGAUGAAAGCUUCCAACUUGCUUCUUCCAGUAAUUUGGUGCUUCCUUUCUGAGUUUACAUGGACAUAGCAAUAUCCAUGGGUGCAUCUCCUGAUUAAGCAUUCCUUUUAAGAAGGCAAUUCAAGCCAUUUUGGACUUGAGUUUUCCUAGCGAUUUUUGCUGUUUCUAGACUCCAAAGCAUUUGAGAUUUUUGUCUCUCUGUGAGGUUUUGUAGCACCCAGAGAAGAAUACCAUCUAUUGCUGGCACUUAAUCUGUUUAUUGGUCCAUUUAAAAUGUUACACUUAUUGUAAGCAUUCAUUUGUGCUUGAAAUAACAUCUCCCUAUGCUGCUUUUGCUAGAACGCCUUUUCAAAAUGGAUAACCUAAAAUUAUAGGCUUAUUUUUACUUCAUUUGAGUCCAAGAUGAGAUCACUUUAUAAAUGCUAUGAUGGAUGAGCUACUGCUUAUCCUUUGAAUGGAAAAUCAGUUUAUGAAAAUCAAAACUCCUGUAGGAUUUUUUUAUUUUUUGUUUUAUAUUUUUACACACUAGUAUCAGCUCACAGAAACUGGCCUUUAGACUUUCUUAGCUUGUGAGAGAAAUCCUGAAUUUGAGGUACAUGACAAUCUGCCCAGCCUUCUUUGGGAAAAAAUUCUAAAGCAGCUUCAAGUGGUGAGCUGUGCUGUUCUUGCAGACAGGUAUCUAAUGAUACCUCACUUUUUCAAUACCUUCUUUGCCUGUGAAAAUAAAAAUGCUGGGUGAUAUUUCACUCCUUCACUGCCUCUGUUUGCAUGAUCAGUAUGAAUGUCUAUCGGCAGGAUUUUCUGCUAUGCUUGCUUCUGAAGAAGGCAGGCAGAUUCUUCAUAAUAGGCAGUUUGAAUAUCAACACUUUUAUGCUAAUUGUGAUGUAUGGCAGUGGGACUGAUUUGUAAUAAAAUGUUAUUUAAUCUGUCUUUGUAUUUUGAUACUUGAACUAUUUCCUUUUUAUUUUCUGUAUAUAAAAGUUAUUCUCUCUCUCCCUCUUUUUUUUUUUUUUUUU